ACAGGUACCCUGACCCUUCCCCAUUUCCCAAGGACUGGCGACAUCCAGGAAGCAGAUGGGGAACUGCAACCCCCUUCUUUCCUGCCUCCUUCCCCCUCCAGCCUGGGCAGUGGAAGGGGCUGUCCCCUGAGUCCAUUCUGGCCUGAGGCUUAUUUGGGGCCACUCACCUGACUACAUGUGCAGCUGUGGCUGGGGCAGGACGGGGGCUCAGCAGCCUGGGCUAUGUGCAGCGGGAGGCCCUGGAGUCGGUGCCCAGGUUCUGAGCUGCCCUAGGUCUGCAGGCUGGCUGGGUGUGGACUGCAGACAUGGCCCAACCGCUGGACUUUGUCCUCGAUGUCCCGGAGACCCCAGGGGACCAGGGCCAGGAGCCCAGCCCCUACGAUGAGAGCGAAGUGCACGAUUCCUUCCACCAGCUCAUCCAAGAGCAGAGUCGGUGGGUGGCUGAGGAGGGGCUGGAGCUGCAGCAGAGGGAGCCGGGGGACCCAGGCAGAGGCCACGAGACCCUCCUGGGGCCCGAAGGUGCCCCCGUCCACAGCAUGGCCACACUGCGCAUCUUGGCCAGUAUGCCUAGUCGCACGAUUGGCCGCAGCCGUGGCGCCAUCAUCUCCCAGUACUACAACCGCACGGUGAGGCUGCGGCGCAGGAGCGGCCGGCCCCUGCUUGGGGACGUGGUGACACGCUCAGCCCGACCCAGCCUCCGCCUCUACGACCUAGAGCUGGAUCCCAUGGCCCAGGAGGAGGAGGAGAAGCGAAACCUCCUGGUGAAGGAGCUUCAGGGCCUGUCGGCCGCCCAGCGCGACCACAUGCUCCGGGGGAUGCCCUUGAGCCUGGGGGAGAAACGCGGCCUUCGAGAGAAGAGCCAGACCCCGCACGGGAAGCGGAGGGGCCAGCCUGGCCGUGGCGGGCUCUUCUCCUGCUGCAGCCGGCUCCGAUACGCCUGCGUGCUGGCCUUGCACAGCCUGGGGCUGGCGCUGCUCUCAGGCUUGCACGCCCUGACGCCCUGGCGCUACGCCCUGAAGCGCAUCGGGGGCCAGUUCGGAUCCAGUGUGCUCUCCUACUUCCUCUUCCUCAAGACCCUGGUGGCCUUCAAUGCCCUGCUGCUGCUGCCGCUGCUGGCCUUUGUGGUGGGCGUGCAGGCUGCCUUCCCACCGGACCCGGGUCCCGGCCCCCGCCCCACCUGCACGGGCCUGGAGUUCCUCACGGGCGCGGGCUGCUUCACCCACACCGUCAUGUACUACGGCUACUACAGCAAUGCCACGCUGAACCAGCCAUGUGGCCAGCCCCUGGAGGGUGGCCAGUGCAGACCCAGGGCAGGCGGCCUGCCCUACAAUAUGCCCCUGGCCUACCUCUUCACUGUGGGGGUGGCCUUCUUCAUCACCUGCAUCACCCUGGUGUACAGCAUGGCCCACGCUUUCGGGGAGAGCUACCGGGUGGGCAGCACCUCUGGCGUCCACGCCAUCACCGUCUUCUGCUCCUGGGACUACAAGGUGACUCAGAAGCGGGCCUCGCGCCUCCAGCAUGACAACAUCCGCACCCGGCUGAAGGAGCUGCUGGCCGAGUGGCAGCUGCGGCAGAGUACCCGGAGCCUGUGCGGGAGGCUGCAGCAGGCGGCUGUGCUGGGGCUUGUGUGGCUGCUGUGUCUGGGGACCGUGUCGGGCUGCGCCGCGGCCGUGCACGCCUUCUCAGAGUUCGUGAUCCAGGGCCCGGUGGCUGCUGGCCAGGAGGUGGCGCUGCUGGCGCUGCCCGUGGUGGUCUGCCUCCUCAACCUGGGGGCCCCCUACCUGUACCGCGGCCUGGCCGCCCUGGAGCCGCAGGACUCCCCGGUGCUGGAGGUGUACGUGGCCAUCUGCAGGAACCUCGUCCUCAAGAUGGUCAUCCUGGGGGUGCUUUGCUACCACUGGCUGGGCCGCAGGGUGGGCGCCCUGCAGGACCAGUGCUGGGAGGACUUCGUGGGCCAGGAGCUGUACCGCUUCGUGGUGCUGGACUUCCUCUUCACGCUGCUGGACACGCUCUUUGGGGAGCUGGCGUGGCGGGUUAUCUCUGAGAAGAAGACGAAGACGAGGCGGAAGCCUGAGUUUGACAUUGCCCGGAAUGUUCUGGAGCUGAUUUAUGGGCAGACUCUGACCUGGCUGGGCGUCCUCUUCUCGCCCCUCCUCCCCGCCGUGCAGAUCGUGAAGCUGCUGCUCCUCUUCCAGGUCAAGAAGACGAGCCUCCUGGCCAACUGCCAGGCGCCGCGCAGGCCCUGGCUGUCCUCGCACAUGAGCACUGUCUUCCUCUCGCUGCUGUGCUUCCCGUCCUUCCUGGGCGCCGCCGUCUUCCUCUGCUACGCCGUCUGGCAGGUGAAGCCCUCGAGCAUGUGUGGCCCCUUCCGGAGCCUGGACACCAUGUACAGGGCGGGCACGGCCUGGGUGCGCCACCUGGAGGCGGCAGGGCCCCGGCUGUCCUGGCUGCCCUGGGUGCACCGGCACCUGGUGGAAAACACCUUCUUCAUCUUCCUGCUGUCGGCCCUGCUGCUGGCUGUGAUCUACUUCAACAUCCAGGUGGUGAGGGGCCAGCGCAAGGUCAUCUGCCUGCUCAAGGAGCAGAUCAGCCACGAGGGGGAGGACAAAAUCUUCUUAAUCAACAAGCUUCAUUCCAUCUACGAGAAGAAGGAGAGGAAGGAGGGGGAGGAGAGGAGCAGGUGUGCGGGGCGCUCGGGGAAGGAGGAGAGUUAAGUUUGGUGAGGGAGGAAAUGGAAAUGCAAGACCUGCCCUCAGCGCCCUGUGCCACCCCCGUAAGUCGCUUGGUGCCAGCCUGGCGGGGCCUCCUCCCUGUGGGAUCAGUGCCUGUUACCGGGGCAGACGUCUGGUGCCUGCGGUUAGACCUAGGGAAAGGAGAUGGCCGGGACGCAGAGGCUUGUGAAGUUCAAAAGCACUCUUGUCGCGGGAGGGGCCGUUGAGGCAGGCCAUCUUUGCAGGGACCUGACAACAGGAGGGCGGGUGGUGUGACAGCCCCCGGCCGCGGGGUGGCCCGACCCAUGAACAGGUGCACACACACUCAUGCGCACCCAGAGGCCUGUUUCUUUCCCUUUCUUGGUCCCCCGGCCUGGGGGGCAGGCUGAGGCUGGCCCCUCGGGGAGCUCCUGGGCUAGACCCUGCCCUGGCUGCAGAGCAGCCUGCAGGCCUGAGGCUGCGGCCACCAGGCCUCCUGCAGAGCAGCUGUCUGUGUGCGCCUUCCGCGUUCGGGAGCCUCUCAGAGCAAAACUCAACAGAACAAAUACCCUGGGCCCCGAGCUAGCCCAAGGGGGACCCCAAGGUCAGGCACGAGGCCUCACCCUCUGGGCCUCAGGAGACUCUGCAGGGCCCUGCCUCAGUUUCCCCCUAUGGAGGAGGGAUCAGUGCUCCCAGGCCCCACUGCUGGGGUGCACGAAGCGCCCCUUGGCCCCCUGCCUGUGACGGUGCAUCGGCGGCCGCUGGGCUACGCUGUGUGAAAUUGCUGGAACCCGACCACAUUUGACCCCGGAAGAGGCAAUCUCAUGAGGUCCAGCACCCCCACGUUAAAUACCUCAGAGGUGGGUCCUUGCGGUGUCUCCCAGCCUUUGCCCGGCCUGCCCUGGAGCUCUCUAGACUCUUCUUUGGAAGCUGUUGGGCGUCGGCCUGUCCCUCGCUGGCCCGGCCACACUGAGGUUGGCUCUGCCCAGCCUGGUCGGUGGGGCCCCUUGCUGACGUCCCUUCUGGAAGGGCUGGUAGCACCCAGGAGGCUGCGACCCCCUUGCCCUGCUCGCAGAAGAAGGGGACACCUGGUGGGACAGCAAGAGGUUCAGCAGGCUCACUCAGCGCCCUGGGUCACCCUCUGCCCCACGGCACAGACUCCAACAUGAGACCACGCUGGCUCCUCAGUGACCUUGCCAGGACACCAGGAUGACGAAGUGACUCCGCUUCCCCUUUGGAAAGCGGGGGCAAGCGGAGCUCGGGCACCCCCCGUGACCCUGCCCUGCCCUGACUCUAUUUAUUCUGAUUAAAUGGGUUU